AUGCUAUCAGAAGACUUUUUGAUAAAGAAACAUUUGAAAAUGAUCCAAUACUCAAUGAUCCCCUGCAAAUCACAAAAAGGUCUGGAAAGCCGUGCACACAGUGAGCGUUUUACUACAUACUUCAGACUGCCAAGAGAAGAGACAUUAAAAGAGGUGCAUGAAUGUUUCUUAUGGAUACCCUUCAGCCACCUAAAUACAGUGGGGAAGAUGUGCAUUUCUGAGAACUACAUUUGCUUCGCUAGCCAUGAUGGCAGCCUUUAUAGCACAAUCAUACCUUUACGAGAGAUUAUUGGAUUAGAAAAGUCUGAUGUUAUAACAAGGGCUAUUACCAUUAGCACAAAAAGGAAGAAUAUAUUUCGUUUCACAGAUGUUCGAGACUUUGAAUCCUUGGUGGCAAGAUUGAGGUCCAGAUGUGCAAUAACAAGUCCCCAGCACACAGCAUAUACUGAGAUUAGCUACAGUUAUAAUGCAGAGUUCCCAGAAGAGCAUCCUAUGGUGGGUCCAAAAGGCACCAGCAAGACUGUGAGCACAGAAGCCUUAAUGACCGUGUUUCAUCCUCAGGAUGCAGAGAACCUUGAUCCAAUAAUGCUGAAAGAAAAAAUGAAGGAGCAGUAUUGGAAUAUUCUGUUCACCGAAUGUGGUCGUGGCAUUAGCAUGUUUCGUACAAAGAGAACUAGAAAUUUAGUUGUUAAGGGAAUUCCCGAAACUUUGAAAGGAGAACUUUGGUUACUUUUCUCAGGUGCAGUUAAUGACAUGGCAGCUAAUCCAGGCUACUACUCAGAAAUUGUGGAAAAGUCUCUCGGCACAUGCACUUUGGCAACUGAUGAAAUUGAGCGAGAUUUGCGCAGAUCCCUGCCAGAACACCCAGCAUUUCAAAGUGACACUGGCAUCUCUGCAUUGAGAAGAGUGCUGACGGCAUAUGCAUACAGAAACCCCAAAAUUGGAUAUUGUCAGGCAAUGAAUAUCCUCACUUCUGUCCUACUUCUGUAUGCCAAAGAGGAGGAGGCAUUUUGGCUGCUAGUGGCUGUGUGUGAGCGAAUGCUGCCGGAUUACUUCAACAGGAGAAUUAUAGGUGCCUUGGUGGAUCAGGCAGUAUUUGAAGAACUUAUCAGAGAUCAUUUGCCGCAGUUGACUGAUCACAUGACGGACAUGACCUUUUUCUCCUCUGUGUCCCUCUCAUGGUUUCUUACCCUGUUCAUUAGUGUUCUGCCUAUUGAGAGUGCUGUCAAUGUGGUGGACUGCUUCUUUUAUGAUGGGAUCAAAGCCAUCCUUCAGCUGGGACUGACUGUUCUGCACUUUAACAUUGACAAGCUGCUAGUCUGUAAAGAUGACGCGGAGGCUGUCACUAUACUUAAUCGGUUUUUUGAUAAUGUUGUCAAUAAGGACAGCCCGCUUCCUUCUUCUGUGCAGCAAGCGUCUUCUGGCUGUGAACGGAAAGGCAAUAGUGUGAAAGUGGAUAUCACAGACCUUAUCAGGGAGUCAAACGAGAGAUUUGGAGCUAUUCGCUAUGAGGAUGUAGAAAGCAUGCGCUCCAGAAACCGCCUGUAUGUCAUCCAGACUUUAGAAUUGACAACAAAACAAAAUGUGGUUCGAGUGGUGUUGCAGGAUGUCAAAUUCAGCUCUGCUGAUUUAGAGGAGCUCUAUUAUUUAUUUAAGAGAGAACAUUUCUUGUCUUGUUACUGGAGUUUAAACAACAGCAGAAUCCUUAGUCACCAUGACCCAAGUCUGCCA